AUGGCAGAAAGUUUGUGCUUGGACUAGUUGUUGUGAAAGUAAAGCUUUAUGUGAGUAUGCCAUUCGACAGCAUUGAUGGCCGCCUUGAUGGACAGGAUUUAUGACCGAAACUUCCCUGUCAGCUCUCUGACAAUAUCACGGUUUGUUGACAACAUAUCGUCAAGAGAAGAGGUUGAUCAAGAAGAGUACUAUCUUUAUAAAUUUCGCCAUAGCCCAAACUGUUGCUACCUCAGAGACUGGACCGUCCACAGCUGGGUGAGACAGUGUCUCAGAUACGGGGCCAGAGACAAGGCCUUACACACCCCCAAGAACAAGGUGCAAUAUGUAAUGUUCCCAGAUGAUUUCACAUGUAACCUGCUGAUAGAUUCCUUCAUUAAAGAUGAAGACUUCAAAGGUGCCUGUUCUGUCGUGGAAGAGGUGAUGCUUCAGGAGUCUUUUGAUCUACCAUCAACACAGAUCCUGUCCAUGUAUGCACUGAGCAGUUACCUAGCAACCAAACCAGAGCUCAGUGUGUCAGAGCAGAGGUCUCUGGGAGCAGCACUGCUGAUAUGUGAUCUGAAGCAGGACAAUUCUACAGGCCUCAGCGCUCAACUGUUGGGUUGUGCUCUGCUAGGUAAGGUGGAGAUGGCAUUUGGGAUCCAUGCUGUGUUCAGGGGCAUGCCUCUGAUGUGGACCCCAGGGAAUCUGGGCCGGGCCCUGGCCAUUAUGGAGAGGGUAGCUGCCACUCCUGGAGAUUCAAAACUAUCAAAGGAUGCCGUUGAUUACCUGGGGGGCCUGCUACAUGACCUCUCCUCUGCCUUGGACUCCAAGUCGGAGGAUGAGUUAGGAGGAGAGGAGGAGGGGAAGAAGGAAGAGGAGGAUGAAGAUGAAGACGACCAGGCAGAGAGAGAAAAGCUACCGCUCUAUGCCAGCAGGUUCAAGGAGCUGAGUGGGCAGCUCCAGUCUGGGGGUAAGGUGGACCCUAGUCCCCUGCAGGUGCUGGUCUCCAGCCUGGUCCAGCAGGGCCUGGCCUCAGCAGAGGGCCCUGACAUGGAGCAGUACCAGAGGAUGGUACGGGAGUGGGAGGCAGAGAGGCAGCAGCUCAUCAGAAGAGAGAAGGAGAUGAGGGAGAGGGCUGAGGAAGAGAGAGAGGCCCGUCAGGCAGCCAAGGCAGCCGCACAAUAGCGCUGAACACACAGCUGGAUGGUGUUCAUGGUGCAUUUCUUUCAGUGUAUACCACCACAAGGCAUCCAUAAUAUUACUGGUACUUUUUCAUAACCUGUGUGGUCUCUACAUCGUCUGCAGUGAAACAUACAUGAAAAGUGAGGGUUGUUUUUGAAAUAUAUAAUAUAAUCUGUUGUCUCCUGAAAUCAGUUUAUUUCAUGUAACCUUUUUGUUGGUGUCUUUUGUACAAAUGCCAUUCACAGUUAGCAAUGUACCGUGAACAAGAUGUCAACUCCCCAUGAUAGAAAUUUGUCUGUAUUAAAUUAUCAUG